GACUGCCUCUUCUCCGGCUGGGGCGAGUGGACCGAGUGCUCGGCCACGUGCGGCGAGGGCCGCCACACGCGCCAGCGCCGCAUCGAGGUGCACGCGCAGCACGGCGGCAGGACCUGCGGCGACGUCCUGCUGGAGAGCAGGAACUGCACCAUCGAGGAGUGCCCCUCCGCCGACUGCGAGCUGAGCGGCUGGUCGGAGUGGUCCGCCUGCGACCGGGAGCACUUCCAGAAGAUCCGGAACCGCCAGGUGAAGCAGAGCCCCCAGGGCAAGGGCGAGCCGUGCGCGAAGGACCUGGCGGCCGGG